GCUGUUUCCUUACAUCCCUCGAGUAGUUGGUGAGCUCUGACGUCACGAGGUGUCUGCCUCCCUGGACACCGGACGCGUUUUAGUCAAAUUUAACCAUUGGAGACGCUUUUAAAAUGGAAAAACAACAAAAUGACCAAUUCAAGAAUAGAAUGGGAGUGUUCAAGAACAAAGGGAAGGACCAAGAUGAGAUGAGAAGACGGAGAACAGAAGUAACUGUAGAACUUAGAAAAAACAAACGUGAAGAAACUCUACUAAAGCGACGCAAUGUACCUACAGCAGAUUCUACAGAUGAUGAAGAUGUAGAGAAACAGCUUACAGCAGAUAAUUUGGCACUGAUUGUAGCCAAUGCAGCAAGUGAAGACCAAGCAGUUCAGUUGUCGGCAGUCCAAGCAGCACGAAAACUGCUCUCUUCAGACAGAAACCCCCCUAUUGAUGAUCUGAUCCAGUCUGGAAUCCUUCCUAUACUUGUCAAAUGUCUGGAAGGCACUCACAAUGUAUCUUCCCCGGACAGCCCAUCCUUACAAUUCGAAGCGGCCUGGGCUCUGACAAAUAUAGCCUCAGGAACAUCCAGGCAAACUCAGGCGGUGGUCCAAGCUGGAGCUGUCCCUCUAUUCCUUAAAUUACUUCAGUCAUCUAGCCAGAAUGUCUGUGAGCAAGCUGUUUGGGCACUAGGUAAUAUAAUUGGUGAUGGGCCACAACUAAGAGACUAUGUCAUCUCCUUGGGUGUUGUCCAGCCACUUCUUAGCUUCAUUAACCCAGAAAUACCUAUUGGAUUCUUACGAAAUGUUACAUGGGUCAUUGUCAACCUGUGCCGGAACAAGGAACCACCACCACCCCAACAGACUAUAAAGGAGAUUCUUCCUGCAUUAAAUAUCUUGAUUCAUCACCAUGACACUUCUAUAUUGGUGGACACAGUAUGGGCUCUUAGUUACCUUACGGAUGGUGGUAAUAAUAAUAUUCAGCUGGUCAUAGACAGUGGUGUCGUUCCAAAGCUUAUACCAUUGCUUUCCCAUAAAGAAGUUAAGGUCCAGACAGCAGCAUUAAGAGCUGUAGGUAAUAUUGUUACUGGUACUGAUGACCAGACCCAAGUAGUCCUGAACUGCGGAGCACUGUUCCAUUUCCCUGCCCUCUUGACUCACCAGAAGGAAAAGAUUAAUAAGGAAGCUGUAUGGUUCUUAAGCAACAUAACAGCAGGAAACAAGCAGCAGGUCCAAGCAGUUAUUGACGCAGGUCUCAUCCCAAUGAUUGUUUUACAACUAAGCAAAGGAGAGUUCCAGACACAGAAGGAAGCAGCUUGGGCCAUCAGCAACCUUACCAUUUCGGGUAGUAAGCAACAGGUGGCUCAUCUAGUAAGUCAAGGUGUAAUUCCACCAUUUUGUAACUUGCUCACCUGCAAGGAUACACAGGUCAUUCAAGUCGUUUUAGAUGGGAUCUCAAACAUCCUAAAUCGAGCUGGUGAGGAUGUGGAAGUGGUAGCCAACAUGAUAGAAGAAUGUGGUGGUCUUGACAAGAUAGAAUUCCUUCAGAACCAUGAAAAUGUAGAGAUUUACAAGUUGGCAUACAGCAUUAUAGAGAGAUACUUCUCAGAAGAUGAUGCAGAAGAUCCAAACUUGGUGUCUGAGGCCACAGAGACUGAAUAUGCGUUUGACAAUAAUAGCACUAGUGAGGGAGGCUUUCGAUUUUAGUGACUGUUGGCAACUAGGUAUACAAUUUCUUGACGAUGGUGGAUUAACUAAUAAUUGUUGGUGGUAGAUGACUGUUCAUUUUAUUGCUUAUAGAGAUCAUUCUAUAUUGCAUUAACAUCUACACCAGUCAGUAGCUAGUUAAAUCACCAUGACUAAAGUUGUUAUGAAUCUUUAGCUGUUGAUAUUUCUUAAUGAGUUCAUGUGACUUGUAUACAAUAUAAUCAGUUAUCAUUGAAAAGAUGCCCAUCAGUGCAUUGGGAUUAUGCAAUUCUGAAAUUUCCACUAGUGAUGAAACUUGAAUUUGAUAUUUACUCACCAGACUGAACAAAAGAACGAUGAAGCUCUUUUCGUUUGCAAGCAGAAAAGUCUUAGUAAGUUUUCAAAGGCCUUCAAUCACUGACCGGGAAAAUGCCUUCUUAAAUUAACUGAGCUUCAAGACAAACAAGUUCAGAAUGCAAAUUCAGCUGUGCUAAAAAAGAAAGAAAGAAAGAAAGAAAAUGAAAAACACAUUUCAUACAGUCCUUAUGUGUAAAAAAAAAAAGAGAGAAAAAAGAAAUGGAAAACCGAGACACUGAAAGAAUUUUAAAGAGUGAAAUACGGGUUUCAGAAGUAAAGGCAAUGUGUUUUCUGAAGUGGAAUUAACAUAUAGUGGGUAACAAAAAAUAGCAACUUAAUGAAUUUUCAUUGACUCAGUUUUAUUUUUGAUAAGGGUUUUAUUUUUAUUAUGGAAUUUUUUGUUUAGUUUUUUUUUUUUUUCUUCAUUGUAAGGGAAUUUUGUAGCAUGAUAACCAAAGGUAUAGUAUUAUGGGUAAGUUAAUGAGAAUUAUAAGGGUACAUUGUUUAUAAUGGCUAUUAUGUGGUACUCACAUGGGUGUAAGCAAGUGUCAAAUAAGGCUAUCUGAAUAAACAUAUUAAUAUUCAACACCUGGGCUGUAUUGUUGAAUUGGCACAACAAACAUUGCACAUGCAAUUAUAUCCUUCCAGGUCAAUCUAUAGGAUUGGGAAAUUCAGAGUUGGUGUGUAACUGAUGUAGUCAUACAAUAGACCAGUUUCAUUUCACAAAUGGAAGGGUUGAAAGAGUUACAUAAAACAUUGGUGAGCAGUUUUCUUUAUGCUGGCUUUAUUUUUACUCAACUCCUCCAGGAAUAUUACAAUGAAGGAUGUAUAAUAAUGAAGUGCACAGGUAGGCUGUGCAGAAUGAUACAUAGUCCUUUUUUACGCUUGUUUUUUUCUGUGUCAGUGUACAUUGGUUCUAAUUGUAAUAAUUUCAUUAUGAUUAUUACCUGUUUUAGAGAACCCUUUUACAGAACAUUUUUGUGUGUAAAGUGGUAUUAACUUUCUGAAACCUUAAUGUAUGGUCAAAGCCAUAUGUCUGAUAGUCCUAUGACCCUUUCUUAGGAACCAAACCUUUUUUCCUUUUUUCUCAUCCCUUCUUCCCCCUAUACACUAACUGCAGAGGUAUAUUACUCAUAUCAUUUCAUCUCAUUCCUUAUUAGAAGUAAACUGUUGACAUUUCAGGAAAGCAAUUUCCACAUUGGAAGGAAGGAACUUCAUGUCCAUGAUGUGAAAUUCAUUUAAAGUAGCGUUGAUGGCAUCAUUACUUGUGUUAUUAGAAACCAUGCAGACUUGUGCAUCUAUUGCUGGAGUAUUUGCAGAUUCAUGAGAUUGAUUGCAUGUUAAUGCUUUAUUCUGAUUAAAUGUUCAAUACUGUGAACCCCUGCAGUACUCCAGCAGUGUAUAGAGCCUGGGAUAAAUUUUAAUGUAACACUGUCCAUUUUGACGUACUUUAGUGUGUUCCGAAGGCAUGGCUGAGAAAGGGAAUUAACUGCAGACAGAAGUUAUCACUUUGCCUUUAUUUUUAUUUGAGACAUGGUCUCUUCCUUGUCUUGGACUGUCAUAAAAAAAUUUCCUUGCAACAAGUAAGAGAAGGUUCUGCCCUCAACUUCAGUUACACAGCACUUUAACUUUGGAAUAGAAACACAAAUUUUAAAGCUUAGGAACUGCCUCAGGAAAUCUAAUGGGGAAAGAAAUCUUUGAGUAUGGUGUCUGGAAGUUUCCACAACUCCACAAAUCCAGCCUUCUCUUAUUUGCAGCAUUACUCUUGACGUUGUGGGUGUUUACUGGCAACACAGGCACUUUUGGCAGUAGAAAAACUAAGUAUUUCACCAGUCUUAUAGUUCGUCCAAAAAAAAGAAAAAAAAAAAAGAAAAAAAGAUGUGAACUCUCAAGGUUUGUAAUGAACCUUUGAUAAAACUGGAGAAUUUAAUUUUUAAGAGGAUACACUGUAUAUAUCAAGGGAGGUUUUUGUAUAAGUAAAGAACGAAAAUGAUGGAGACGUCAAAUUAUUUAUAGCUUUUUGUAGUAACAGAAAUAUUCAGUAGUCAUUGAUUUUCUUGUGGGAAAAACAUGCAAUAGUUUGUCUGAUGGUGAAGGUGCCCAAGUGACUGCCGGGAACAACUCUCCCCUCCUCUCCUGCCUUGAGCCGAGAAAAGGUUGGAAAUGCUCAUAUCGCACCCCCCAUGGCUGUGUCUUACAUUUAUAUAUAAAGCUUGUAUUGCUGAAAAUGUUAUAGAUAUUAAAUAAUGAGAAAGCUAUUCCCCUAUUUUAGGUUGUAAAGGCAUUGCUAAAGUUUUUGCAGGGCUUUCCAGCGUCUCAACCUUUUCUUUAUAUUAGAAAUAUUUUAUAUUGGAAAACAAGAGGUAUUACCAAAUAACUAAAUUUAGGGUAACAUUUCUUUUUUUAUAUAUCAUUCAAAAGUCCAAAGACCACAGAGGAAAUGCUGUUGAUCAGUGAUAGCUCAAGUAUUCCAGUGGUACAGUGUCUAGUGAUGGCAGUACCUCUUAUGCCAUAUGUCCUGGAUUAAUUUGUUAAAAGCUUCUCCCAGACUCAACAGAUUAUCAACACUAGAGUAAUUCUGGAGUUCCAGUGCUUCUCAGUAGAGGUCAUUCUUUUGUUUCACUUUAUGGUAUGUUGACCUCUUGUAAUCUGUGAAACUGCUGAAUAACCCUAGUGCAUGUUGAGACUACACGAAGCUCAAAUGACCUUCCAAAUUGACCUUAUGAAAAGAUUUGCAUAUCAUUUUUUCAGUGUGAAUAGCAGGAAGAUAUUCAUCUGUCAGAUUUACAAUGAGUCAUUGGUUAGGAAAAGGUCAUGAUUGACAUAAAUUAUAAUGGGACAUAUGCAAGCCUUAGUGCCGGCAAGGCAAAGUGA